CGCGUGACUGUCAUACCCGCUGUAAACAAAAGUUUCUCAGCUACAAAGAUGCAGCGGAGGCUUACUUUGUAUUUAAUUUUGCUACUUUAUUUUACAGUUUCCGAAAAUGUUGCGAGUCCACUUCAGACCUUUGUCAUUCCACACAGCCACAUGGAUGUUGGCUGGGUGUACACAAUCGAGGAGAGCAUGCAUGCAUAUGCUGCAAACGUGUAUACCACCGUUGUAGAGGAGCUGUCACGAGUCAAGCACCGCAAAUUCAUUGCUGUUGAACAGGAGUUCUUCCGCAUUUGGUGGGACAAAGUGGCCACUGAGCAGCACAAACAGCAAGUACGACAGCUCUUAGAUGAAGGCCGCCUGGAGUUCAUCAUAGGAGGUCAGGUGAUGCAUGACGAGGCUGUCACAGAUCUCGAUGACGCAAUCCUGCAGCUGACAGAGGGGCACGGCUUCCUGUAUGAGACGUUUGGAGUGCGGCCUCGCUUCUCCUGGCAUGUGGACCCUUUUGGAGCCUCCGCCACCACACCUGUCCUCUUCGCCCUUGCAGGAUUCCACGCCCAUCUCAUAUCGCGCAUCGACUACGACCUCAAGAACGACAUGCAGAACAACAAGAGGUUGCAGUUUGUGUGGAGAGGCUCCCCCUCUUUGGUUGAAAAGCAGGAGAUCUUCACCCACACCAUGGACCAGUUUAGCUACUGCACACCAUCCCAACUGCCUUUCUCCAACAUUUCAGGGUUUUACUGGAACGGUGUGGCCCUGUUCCCCGACCCCCCUAAAGAUGGCAUCUACCCCAACAUGAGCCUCCCCGUCUCGGACAGCACCCUGGAACCGUAUGCCCAAACCAUGGUGGACAACAUCAAGCAGAGAGCCCAGUGGUUUCGCACCAACCAUGUGCUCUGGCCUUGGGGCUGUGAUAAGCAGUUCUACAAUGCGUCCGUGCAGUUCUCCAACAUGGACGUGUUGAUGGACUACAUCAACAAGCACAGUGAGACGUUUGGCGUGACGGUGCAGUACGCUACGCUAGGAGAAUACUUCCAGGCCGUCCAUAACUCCAACCUCACCUGGGACGUACGAGGGAGUGAGGAUUUCCUGUCAUACUCAACUGAACCCUUCCAGGCAUGGACCGGGUUCUACGCCUCCAGGAACGUUCUGAAGGGUGUUGCUAGGAAGGCCAGCUCCCAGCUCCAUGCUGCAGAGAGCCUCUUUGCCCGCUACCACAUCGCCUACCCUGAAGGACCCGUGGCAACAGACUGGGCCUUGGAGAAGCUGAGGGCCCUCAGAUGGGCUGUCUCGGAGGUUCAACACCAUGAUGGCAUCACAGGGACGGAGUCGCCCAAAGUGGCCGACAUGUACAUGGACCACCUCACACAGGGCAUGAUGGGAGUAGAGGAGCUGAUGGCAGCCAUUUUCCUCUUACCCUCGUAUCUUGACGCUUCACAGAAAACGCACAACCCUCGAUCAGAUUUGUCGGAAGAUCUUCAGCAGCACAUCCUAGUCUACAACCCUCUGGCCUGGAACAUCACCACAUACAUCAACCUGACCGUAGCGUUUCCCAUGGCUCAGGUGUAUGAUGACUACGGGAAGGCUGUGCCAGCACAGAUUCAACUAAGGGCCGGUUCUACCUCGGAGUAUGACCUGUUCAUCCUGGCGGAGCUGGGCGGCCUUCAGUUCCGGAAAUAUCUAGUCAAGUUCUCCUCCUCAUGUACCGCCGGCUCCACGGCCUGUGGCAUGACCUACGCCGCGAGAACGGUUAAAUUUGGCAGACGGAGCAUCAAACAGUGGAGAAGGCCGGGCAGGAAACUCCUACCUGUCCUUAGCGAUUGCUACAAGCUGCUGUUUGACCAGGAGACCAACCUGUUACACAGCAUCACUGACAGGCAUGGCCUGAGGAAAGUGAUGCUGAGCCAGGACUUCAGGGAGUACGUGUCCAAUGGCGACGUGGAUAAGGGCCCCGUCUCCGACAACUACAUCUUCAGCACUAACGCCUCUGCCACGCCCGCCUACCAGGCCGUCGCCAUGGAGAUCGUGCCCGGCAAGAUGCUCUCAGAGAUCCGCCAGUACUUCUAUAGGAAUGAAAAGGAUGAGAACUACACCUACUCCGUCGUCACCAGAGUUCCCUCAGGAGGCCUAAGGGACAAGCGGCUCUGUUACAGGCUGGAGCAAUCCUACUCACUAGGCCCCCUAGUGGUCAACCGAGAGGCCGUCCUGAUGACCAGGACCAGCCUGAGGAACAACAAGACCAUCUUCACCGACAACAACGGCUAUCAGAUGAUGAGGAGGCCAUACAAGACCUACGCCAACAACUCUAUUGCCAGGAAUUACUAUCCAAUGGUGCGAGCGGCCUACAUUGAGGAUGCCCACAGCAGACUGGUGGUCUUGGGGGAGCGGGCACACGGGGUCUCCAGUCAAAACGAUGGACAACUAGAGGUGAUGCUGCACAGGCGUCUGUGGAAUAACCAGAAGUGGACUCUGGCGUACAACCUGACCCUCAACGACACGUCUGUGGUGCGCCCGGUGCUGUGGAUGAUGUUGGGCUCCACAGGCGCAAUGACGCCGUUCUACCACAGGGAGGCACUAGAGUUGCAACAUCGGCCCGUAGUCAUGGCAAUAGACAGACCACAGCGGCCGUGGAAUCGCUGGGAGCCGUCGGCUGGUCCGAUGGUGCCACCCGUGGUGCUUCCCCCAAACCUCCACCUGCAGACCCUCAGUAUCCCUGGCUGGGCAUACAGCCCAAACCACACACACAACCUACACCACCAGGAGCACGCGGAAGAGAAGACUGCUCCCGAUUACAGCCGGAUGUUACUGCGGAUCACACACCUGUAUGAAACCAACGAGCACCCAGAACUCUCCAAACCUACCACCAUAAACCUCAAGGAAGUGUUGCAGGGCAUUGGUGAGGUGAAGGAAGUAAUGGAGCGCUCUCUCACGGGAACCUGGGAUAUCUCAGACCUCCAGAGGUGGAAGUGGGAGACUUCUGGCAAAACAGACGAGGAUGAUGGUACAAGAGUCUUUGAUGGUGUGACGAAGGACUUCGAUGUCACCAUAUCGCCCAAGGAGAUCCGAACUUUCUUCGUCUACUUUAAAUAGACAGCACUGAAUCUGUCUGUCCAUCUGCCAAGAAGUUGGCACAUCAUGCACUGCACUUUAAAUGUGAAUACGGUAAUCCACUCCUUUUGAUUUACAUUCACGCAUCUACAAAAGCCUGGGAUUUUUUUAAAACAUUUUUUUUUCUUUUUACAGUUUUACUUCACUAGAUAUUGCAUUUUGUCAUUAAAGACUGAGGAAUGUGAAGGCGGAGGUUGUUGAUAUUUUGGAUUAUUGUUGUUGAUAAUUGGUUUGAUUAAAUACUGUACAUACCUUUAUUGCAA